GCAGUAGCAGCAGCAGCGGAGGUAGUGUCGGUGUCGGUUGUUGUCGGUGGUUGUUGAAGUGUUGAAGUGUUUUAAACUAGGCGAGCUAAGUGACCGUCACAGUUAGCACGGCCCGGCACGGAUCGAGUCCAAACAGCUGAGCAGAGCCAGUCAGCUGUUCGGUGUUGUGACGUCAGCCUCCGCUCGCUGCCCCCGGUCCGCCGUGAUUUCUCCCCCGUGCACGGUCGACCACAGCCCGCAGAGAAACAUGACGCAGGCCGGCGGUGUCCAGUCAUGGUGCCUCGGAGUAACGCUCCAGCUGAUCAUAGCUGCCGUCCUGCACCAGGGUUUCGCUACCGUCGCCCCGCCUACGACCGCCCAUGCCACCGCCUCACCGCACAAGGAUCCCGGCAGACCCGAAAAAAUCAACUACUUCGUCAACAACACCAAGGGUACCUGUUUAAUGGCAUCCAUGGGCAUCCAGCUCAAUGUCACCUUCAGCUCCGUCUCCCAGAACAAGACUGUGCACGGUGUCAUGAACCUCAAGCCCAAUUUCACUAAGAGCUCUGGAUCCUGUCACGCCACCAACGCCACCCUGCAGCUCACAACGGACGUAGAGAAGUCCAACCUCACCUUCGUCUUCUCUCUGAAUACUACGUCCAGUAAGUACCACCUGAGCGAGGUGAGUCUGUCAGCAGCCUGGCCGGACAUGAAAGAGCCCGUCUCGGCCGUUAACAGCAGCCUGGACUACUUGCGAGGCACCCUGGGAUACUCGUACAUGUGCCGCGAGGAGCAAACUCUGAACGUGGCUCCGGAUUUGUCCAUCAACAUCUUCCAGGUUCAGGUGCAGCCCUUCAACGUCACGGGAGAUCAGUUUGGAGCAGCUGAGGAGUGCCAGCUGGACGAAGACGACAUGUUGAUCCCCAUCAUCGUCGGAGCAGCUCUGGCGGGCCUCGUCCUCAUCGUGCUCCUGGCUUACCUCAUUGGCAGGAAGAGGAGCCACGCUGGUUAUCAGACCAUCUGAGGUCACCUCUUUGAGAUUAACCACUUGUUUUAUGAGACUUAACACUCCCCACCCCGCCGCCGCCGCCACCCUGCCCGCCUCUAUCCCUCCAUCCUCCAUCUCCCUGCCUCUGUGUAUGCUGUUCUUUGCCCUCAUUAGUAACACUAGUCAUUAUCACAUGGUGAAGGUUGACAUGCUCUUUCUGAACUGACCCGCUCUCGUUUAAAAAGCAAAAAGAAAAGGGAGACUUUGUUUGGAGAUUGCAACGAAAAUGAGGAAAAGCUCAGCACCGGUACGUAAAGCAGGGGCUGGAUGUCGAUCGGAGGGUCCUCAAAUUGUAUCGUACUAUUUAUGAUUUCUGUGAAAAGGAACGUUGAGGGAUUAUCGUGGGAUUCGAGGGGAAUUGCUGCUGUGGUUUCCUUCUUGUUUAUCUGUUUCUGGGGGCGGCCUUAGUGGUCUCGCCCUCCGUGAGGUUUGUUAUUAUAAAGGGAAUAUUUCAGGCUGUUUAAUCCACUUCAGACUAAAAGAUCUGACUUUUUUUUUUAAUCGCGUCUCUGCGUUUAGUGUUAAUGUGCAGAUUUUAGGGAUCAUACUAAAAGAAAAACAAGCAAACACAGUAACAUGUUAGUAGUUUAAGGUGCAUGUAGGGAUUCAUUUCAUCCACUGGAACGACGUUAUUUCCGUCUAUGACUCAAAAAGUUCUCAGCUCGCUUCGUACGGAGGCUUUCUUAGACCGUUUGUGUUUUGUUUUUCAUUUAAAGAAAUAGUCAGACAUGUUGUGUGUGUGGGGGGAAAAAAAAUGUGUUUUAGCGCAAAGAAAGUGUUUAUACACUUUUUGUACAGAUUAAAGGUCCAGUGUGUGGGAUUUAGUGCCACCUAGUGGCGAAGUAGCAGAUUGCAACCGACUGAAUACUCACCUGCUUCUCUCUUUCUCCUUCUUCCAAGCAUGUAGUAAAAACUCUGGCUGUGAAAUUUACAGGUCAUUUCUAGAUCAGCGUUUGAUUUGUCUGCCCUGAGCCUACUGGGGCUCAUUUUAAGGCAACGAAAAUGCAAGAAUUCUUAUUUUCAAGUGAUCAAAACAUGCUAAUUAUUAUUAUAUUUAAUUUGUGCAAAUACAUACUCUUAAAUCUUACACACUGGACCUUUUUAAACAAACCAGAUAUGUGGUCUAUCUAAGUGAGCUUUAGUGAUGUGCCAGGCUAGUCGUUUCCCCGUUUACACUCUUUACACUAACCUAACCUGUCUCGUGUCUGUGUUUUUACACUCGCCGUACAGACACGAGUGUUAUUAAUCUCAUCUGGAGUUUCCCAAAGUGUCGAAUUAUUCCUUCAAGUGAUGGUACCCACUUCUUUUUUUUGGAUUCUGCUGUUACAUUGUACAUACACUAAACAGAACUGUUGGUUUUGGUGGAUGAACUAAGCUCAGGACAUCGCCGUCAGAACGUAAUUAUGUCGUUGUUUUAGUCCACUGGGUACUUUUUGUUUUGUCUUACGGGUCCACUUUUGGUUUCUGAAAGGGAAAGAAAAAAAACAAAGUUGCACUACAGCCCCCGCGUUAAUGAUUUAAAGUGGCCAAAAAACGCUCUGGUCAGUGUUCAUCAGUGCCUUCCCAGCUGUAACAUAGAUGGGAUUUAAAGUAAAGCCAAUACCGCGACAAGAUGUACUCACUCACUGACACUGUGUGCCGUCACGUCGGGGACAUUUUCUGCGUCUCACAAAGCCUUCAUGUACUGUCACUACCAUAAAUAUGCAUCGAUGUUGUAGGAAAGUGUUUUUUUUUUUUAUGUUACUUUGUUUGUCUUCCCUCAUCUAAGUACCCAUGUAGUGAUUUAAUAAGGUUUUAAUGGAGUUGUUUGAACUGUUUUCUAAAGGAGAGGUCAAUAAAAGUGAAUGAACAAAAA